UUUGUCAACUGUUUCUUUCUAUUAGAAAGGCCCAAAUGGGCAUACUACAAAGGAGUUACAGACAUCCCAAUUCUCAUUAAUACAAACGCGUCUCUUCGAAGUAAGUCUUCAACACGCGUCCUUUUCUGUAUGUUACAUGAGAUGAGACGAUAGCCAAAUUAGGGUGACACGUGUCCCUGAACACCACGCGUGGGAUGAGAAAUCUGAGACGCAACCUCACCGGCGAACCGCCGUCUUCCAGAGCUUUGUCUCCGGGAACUAUUUGAAACUCCUUUGCUUCUUAUCUUUCGUUCAACCGUCACUUUAGUUAGAACCACCAUCAACGCUGCCGGAUAAUAAACCUGGGAAUACUCAGUUGAUCUAAUAGAAGAUUUUACCGGACCACCUUCGAUAUAGAGAAGAUGCUGAUUCAUCUAGAUCUCCAUCAUAACCAACCAAAAUCAAUCCAACAUCACAUCUUCCUUUCCAUCUAGGAUACUUUACCCAUAAACUGAUUUAGCGACUCCAACAAAAGAGAGAAGAGGAGAGUCUUCCUAAGCGAACAUGAUUUUGCUAACGAACUGCGAAAGAUAAGGAUUACGGUAUUUACAAUGAUCCCUUUCGAAGAACAUGGAAACAUCUUUGAAACUUUGCUUCGACUGAUAUCGGAUACACCACAAAAGUCGCCACUGCGAAGACUAGAUCCGCUAAUCGGUAUAAAAGAGAUUCGCCGAGCGAAAGUUAUCUACAAACAAAAAACAAAAGAUAAAAGGGGUUGGUGCCGCCACUUCUUUGAUGAAAGUUCUAGAGAGAGGUCAGAGGAAAGGAAAGAAGUGAGAGGUUUUUUUUUUUUUUUUGGGUCAGACUGUAAUUAUUAAUUUUUUUGAAACAAAAUCGAAGUGAAAAAUAAGAACCGUUUCAACCUUUUCUUCUUCUACUUUCAUCUCACAAGGUCAACAAGAAAACCCAAAUCCAAACUCCACCGCUAAUUCAAUUAACAAAAAAAAAUGGCGAAGCUAACGAAUUGAAAGAUCUCCUCCCCUACUUCCCACCCCUUCCUCGUCGUAUGCUGUUUUCUCAAUCGCUUUUCGUCUUCCGGUGACCGAGAAUCUCUUGUAAAACAAGUUGACGUAUUACUAUGAAGAGCAGCAGCACCAAGGCCAAAAUCAACAUCAACAACGGAGUUAAUCACCAGACGACCAAUGGCUUUCUGCCUAAUUCGCUAAAAUUUAUCUCUUCCUGUAUCAAAACCGCUUCCUCCGGCGUACGCUCAGCUAGCGCUUCCGUCGCUGCUUCUCUCUCGCCCGAUUCUCAGGAGCCUAACGAUCAGCAGGUGUUGUGGUCAUCCUUUGAUAGAUUACACACGAGUGAAUCUUGUUUCAAGAACGUUCUUCUACUCGGUUACGCCAACGGGUUCCAAGUCGUUGAUAUCGAUGAUGCAACCAAUGUCAGUGAGCUUGUGUCGAGGCGGGAUGACCCCGUUACGUUUCUUCAGAUGCAGCCUUUGCCUCCUAGAUGUGGAGGAGUCCAAGGGUUCAGAUCAUCGCAUCCUAUACUUUUAGCAGUUGCUGAUGAAUCCAAUGGCUCAGUUAGAAAUGUUUAUGAUGAUCCUCUUGCACUCUCCCCCACGGUUGUGCGGUUCUAUUCACUUAGAUCUCACAACUACGUUCAUGUUUUGAGAUUCCGUUCUUCUGUUUAUAUGGUCAGAUGCAGUCCCAGGAUUGUAGCUGUUGGCCUUGGUUCACAGAUUUACUGUUUUGAUGCGCUUACACUGGAAAACAAAUUCAGCGUGCUCUCGUAUCCGGUUCCUCAGCUUGGAAACCAAGGGAUAUCUGAGGUCAAUAUCGGAUACGGUCCGAUGUCUGUGGGACCGAGAUGGUUAGCUUAUGCUUCCAACAGUCCUUUUUCAUCUAGUAUAGGUCGCCUGAGCCCUCAGAAUGUUACACCUGGCGUCAGUCCUUCUACGUCGCCGAGUGGCGGUAAUCUAGUGGCAAGGUACGCAGUGGAAUCUAGUAAGCAUCUGGCAGCGGGUUUACUCAGUUUGGGUGAUAAGGGUUACAAGACUAUAUCUAAAUACUGUCAAGAUCUCAAGCAUGACGGUCCUAGUUCUUCUCUUUCGUCCAGUCCUGGCUGGAAAGUUGGUCGGGCUGCAUCUUCAGCUGAGUCAGAUGUUGCCGGAACGGUUAUUGUCAAGCAUUUUGAAUCUCGAGCCACUAUAGCACACUUCAGGGCUCACACUAGUCCAAUAUCGGCGCUUUGUUUCGACCCAAGUGGCACUCUAUUAGUAACGGCCUCGAUCCACGGUAACAAUAUUAACGUUUUCCGGAUUAUGCCUUCAAAGAAUGGUCAAACCUAUGAUUGGAGCUCCGCACAUGUGCCUCUUUACAAACUACAUCGUGGCAUGACAUCAGCUGUAAUACAAGAUAUUUGCUUUAGCAGCUACAGUCAAUGGAUUGCUAUUGUGUCAUCUAAGGGAACCUGCCAUAUUUAUGUUUUAUCCCCUUUCGGUGGAGAAAAUGUUCUUGAGAUACGGAACUCUCACGUCGAUGGACCAACGCUUGCUCCAACCUUGUCCCUGCCAUGGUGGUCGAGUCCAUCGUUUAUGACCACCCAGUUUUUGUCUCCACCGCCAGCAUCGGUAACUCUUUCUGUUGUUACCCGAAUCAAAUGCAACAAUUUCUUCCAUGCUGCAAGUUCCGUUGUGGGAAAACAAACGUCCUUCCCUUCUGGCUGUCUCGCUGCUGUUUUCCAUCAAUCCGUGCAGUCGUCAACUCAUGCCUUGGACUAUCUACUGGUUUACACUCCAUCCGGUCAUGUAGUUCAGUACAAACUUGUUCCAUCUCUUGGAGGAGACCAGCCUGAGAGCAAUUCUCGAAUUGGAGGAGUAGCUGAAGAGGAACUGAGAGUGAAAGUCGAACCUCUUCAGUGUUGGGAUGUCUGCCGGAAAACAAAUUGGCCUGAGAGAGAGGAGAACAUAUGUGGACUUACUUUCGAUGGACGGAAAAUUAGUGAAGAUGUAGCGAGGCCUCUGCACGUUUAUCUUGCUAAUGCAGAGGUGAUGAUAAACUCCGGAAGAAAACCAAUCUGGCAAAACUCAGAGAUAUCUUUCUAUCCGAUGUUAAAUGAUGGAAAGAAGAUGAAUUUGCAUCAUCAUCAUGGAGGCGGGGAGAUCGAAAUCGAGAAAGUAUCUGCAAAUGAGGUUGAUAUCAGAAGGAAGGAUCUGCUUCCGGUGUUUGAUCAUUUUCACAGUGUGUAUUCUAGUAUGCGCAGAGGAUUUUAUGUGGAAAGAGAUUCAGAUUCUUCUUCUUCUUCUGAUCCUCCUGGACAAGUUAAAGCAGGUAUGGCUUACACCGAGAGUGAGGAAAGAAGUGGAAGUAUAACAUUCAAACAACCCGUGGUUUCGAUUUCUUCUGCUGUGAAAGACAGCGACUAUACUAUAGACGAUGCUCAUAUGUUGCUAAAGAACGCCUCCCUGCCCGCUGAAACAACUAUUGAAAACAGCAGCGGGACAAGUGGAGAUUCAAAUGUAAGUUUUAACCGUUCUGAUCUGAGCUUGAAUGCAGAAGGAGAGGAAAGUGAGGAGGGAGCCAUUGAUGGCUCCCCAGAUUUUCAGCUGUUUUUCGAGGAAACUGCUAAAGAAGCAGAGGACAAGGAUGAUCCAUCUGAUCAAAGAAAACUAGAUGAUGAUAAUGAUGAUGAUGGUGACGACGAUGAUGACAUGCUUGGUGGUGUUUUCGCUUUCUCUGAAGAAGGUUGAGCUUGGUUUAUGUUAUGGCCAAGCUCCAGUGGAGAAGUCACUUACUAAAUCCCGUUUGCUGCAAACUUACUCACUGAUGAAUCUUAAUUCCCUGGGAAAACAUUCAAAAUCAAUUCACAUUUUAUCAUCUGUUUCUGUAAAUGCUUGUAAAUCGAUUAUUCGUAAUCAACAGUCUUUCUAUUUGCAUGGACUGCUUUUCUUUGUUUCUUUUGUAAUUUUCUUCACGUGUAACUCUCUAUUCAUUCAUCGGGAAAAAAAAAAAGGAAAAAUAGAAUAAAGAUUUAUUUCGUUUGGGUUUUA